AUGGAAGGUGCUGAUGUCCUCUCAGCUGCCUUCUCCUAUGCGGCCCUGGGGCUGGGGGGGCUCCUGGCUGUGGCUGUGGUCAUUCUGCUCGCCUGUCUGUGUCGGCUCCAUAGGAGAGUGAGGAAGCUGGAGAGGAGCUGGGCCCAGGCCCAGCUCCCCGAGCAGGCGGAUCUCCACUACGCGUCUCUGCAGCGGCUGCCCUGCAGCCGGGAACGGGGCCCCCCGCAGGACCCCGCCACCGACUACUCCUUCAUCGCUGACCAGAAGCCCGCCUGA